AAAUCUUUUCUCCUUGGAUUACGCAGGUUCAAGUUAUAGGAGAAUGUGGUUGAGGUCAAACCAACCCUAGAAACAGCCACGUGAACGUGCACCACCUAAAUUCAAAACCUUUAAAUGAAAAGAUUGAAAUCGUUGGGUUCACCGUCUCAUCAGAUCAAACAAAUUGUUCACUGAUCUGAGAGAGAUAGAGAUGACGAGCGGCGAAGAUGACAAAAACAGAUCAGUGCAGCCUCCUCCUUUUCAAGGCGCCCCCAACUAUCCACAGCAGCCGCCUGCUGGUUAUCCACAGCCGGCUCAGCCCUACGUCUCCGGUUAUGCCGUAAAUGGGCUAACAGAAGAGCAACGUCUUCCUUGUUGUGGUAUAGGCAUUGGUUGGUUAUUAUUCAUCCUUGGUUUCUUCUUCGGUGCUAUCCCCUGGUACAUUGGCUUCUUCCUUUUACUAUGCUCUAGAAAUCCGCGUGAGAAACCAGGAUAUAUAGCUUGUACAAUUGGAGCUGUUAUUGCCACGGGUUUCGUCGUUUUUGGAGCUAUAAGAGGAUCCGGGGUCUGGUAGUAAAGUGAAAUGUAGUGCUCCAAAUCCGGUACAGACCGGUUCGGGAGAUACUGGUGCAUAAGAAGAUUGUACAUGUGUGUUUUUUACUUAAAGAGCUCAAUGUAUACUGUUUGAAGAUUACAGAGCAUUCAGAAAAAAAUACCGUCUCCUAAAAACGAUAUUAAAGUGUUUCUACUGAAAUAAUAUAUAUAUGUGAUUUAAUUUU